AUGCCUGCACCCCAUGACACUCCUUAUGCACCUGAGCUACAAUACCUCCUCGAACAAGACAGGUUGCGUGUCGUAGCCAGCUUUAACUCGAGCGUAGUAGAGCCGUGGCUGGUAGAGAAGAUGCUUGCCCAGUUCGAUCAUGCCAUGCAGCAGCUGACUGCCGCUGACAAGGACACCGCCGUGGGACAUGUCAAUCUGCUGACUCCGGUCGACUCCAAACAGCUUUGGGAGUGGAAUCACGAGGUUCCAGUACCGGUAGAGCGCUGCAUUCACGGCGUCUUUGCCGACCCGGCGCGCACCCGCCCAGAAGCGUUAGCCAUCUAUGCCUGGGACGGAGAGCUUACAUAUGGCGAGCUGGAUUCUCUGUCUAAUCGACUGGCUCACUACCUGGUUGAUCAAGGUGUUAUUCCUGAAAUGGUCGUCCCGCUAUACUUUGAGAAAUCCAUGUGGACUACUGUCGCGAUACUAGCAGUCCUCAAGGCUGGCGGCGCCUUUUUGCUGCUCGACCCGCUUCUGCGCGCUGUCCGUCUGGCAAUGCUCUGCUCCAAGGUCCAUGCCACGGUUGCAGUCGCCUCGCGGUCCUGCCACACUGCACUCCACGCCCUGCAGGUUGUUUCGACUGCUCUUGUGCUGAACAGUGAAUCUGUGGUCCAACUUCCUCUUUCUACUUGCCCUCCACAUGUUGCAGUACAUCCUCAUCACACAGUCUAUGUAGUCUUCACUUCAGGUAGCACUGGUGAGCCCAAAGCCUGCAGGAUGGAACACAGGUCCUCCUGCUCGACCGUCGUCACUCAUGUGCCUGCAUUGGGAAUCAAUCGCAAUACCCGAACACUCCAAUUCACAGCCUACAGCUUUGCUGGAUCUCUUGCUGAGACAUUAUUGGCUUUAGUUACCGGAGGUUGUGUUUGCGUUCCCUCAGAACAACAACGUCGGGAAGGUUUUGCGCAAGCAAUUGUGAAGCUGAGUGCCAACUGGUCAUUCAUGACUUCUACAAUCCUCAGCACCAUCAACAUAGCUUCCGUUCCAACUCUUCGAACCAUUUGUACAGCGCAGGAGCUGGCAGCGUUGCGAACUGUAGGUCAGGGAAAGAGGCAAGCGCCACGUACAAAGGGCGAGAAGCAGCUACAAAAUCUUUGGGCUGAGGUGCUUGAUCUUCCAUCUCACAGUAUCGGGCGCGAUGACGGCUUUUUUCAGCUCGGCGGCGACUCCAUGGUAGCAAUGCGCCUGGUCGGCGCAGCUGGGCGGGAUGGUGCCGGCUUGACGAUGGCUCAUGUUUUCAAUAACCCGAAAUUGAGUGAUCUUGCUGUAUCUUGGGCUAAUGAAGACUCUGCCAUGCUGCUGGAUACCGUUCACCCGGAAACCCUCUCGGAUAUGCUUCCUCUUACAAGCUUCCAGAACGACUGGGUUUCGACCAUCACGGCUCAAAGUCCUGCCCACACAGUGCACUACUCUUGGCUUGAGCUCAGUCAUCAAGUCACUUCCGCCGAUGUUACUCGCACGUGUAAGGCCUUGUUGGAUCGUUACCCGAUCAUGCGCUUGGUCUUCUUGUAUCUUCAACAAGAGUGGUGGCAAGUCGUUCUGCGACCGAACGAUUUCGACACGCCCUUCCAGACUGUUAGACUUGAAGCGGAAUUCAAGGCGGUUUGCGAACGUGACACAGAAACACUGAAGCAGGACCAGUGCCCGACAUGUUUCAUUCUCGACCAGCAUGAGUCAGACAGACGUUGA